CCGCGCCGAGCCGCGGCUGGAUGGCAGCGGCGGCCCGGGGCACGGCGGCGGUGGCGCACGGUAACUACAAACUGAUCAUUUAAUUUGAUCAAGAGUCCUUCAGAGGAUUGAAGUUACUGGUGUGUAACUUCUCCCACCUUUUUUUUUCCUUUCAUAAAGAGAUUGGCCAGCCCGGCUGAGACCACUUAGCAAUGACAAAACAAAAACUCCUGCUUGAUGGGACACUUUCCUUGUUCCUGAUCGUGGCCUGUGAAGCUCAGCAGCUCCCGAGGGGUCAUGUUGCUGCUAGUUCUGGUUCUCUGUGUGACACGGAGGCAGAGUCUUGGGGCCACCUGUUCAGCAGCGAGCGGCUGGAUGCUUGGAUCUGUUCUCUCAUCGGUUCCUUCAUGGUGGGGCUGAGUGGGGUCUUCCCCUUGCUGGUGAUCCCCCUUGAGACAGGAGCUGCGCUGCGGUCAGAAGCUGGGUCAUGCCGUUUGAAGCAGUUGUUGAGUUUUGCCAUUGGUGGACUGCUGGGAAAUGUGUUUCUCCACCUGCUUCCUGAAGCCUGGGCCUACACAUGCAGUGCAACAACAGGAGAAGGGCAGAGCUUUCAGCAGCAGAAGCUUCUUGGUCUCUGGGUGAUCAUUGGUUUCCUGACCUUCCUGGUGCUAGAGAAGAUCUUCCUAGAGAAAGAGGAGGAGUAUCCUGGUGUGGACUGUGAUUCCAAAGCACCAUCUGGAAAGAUUCCCAAUGGAAGUGGCUGUCCCCUGCCGAAGGGGUCCUCUCAGUCCCAAAGAGCACGAGCACAGUGUAAUGGCUCCUCUCUCCAGUCUGGUCCAAAAAACAACAGAAUCAAGAUUAGUGGGUACCUCAAUCUGCUGGCCAACACCAUUGAUAACUUCACCCAUGGCCUGGCAGUAGCAGCCAGCUUCCUGGUUAGCAGAAAGGUUGGGUUCCUAACCACAAUGGCCAUUCUCCUGCAUGAAAUCCCACAUGAGGUUGGAGACUUUGCAAUCCUACUUCGGGCUGGCUUUGACCGCUGGAGUGCAGCCAAGAUGCAGCUUUCCACAGCUCUGGGGGGAAUUCUAGGAGCCUGCUUUGCAAUAUGUUCUCAGUCACCAAAAGGAGCAGGAGAAACAGUAGCCUGGAUCCUCCCUUUCACUUCUGGAGGAUUUUUAUACAUUGCCUUGGUAAAUGUUGUGCCUGAUCUCCUGGAGGAAAAGAAUCCUUGGAAUUCCCUGCAGCAAAUUCUGCUCCUGUGUACGGGCAUUACAGUCAUGGUGCUACUCGCGCUCACAACUGAGUGACCUCUGCGCAGACCUCGUGAUGCCUCCCAGAGCCACCACAGUGACUCUGAGCUUUACAAAGCAAUAAGGAACACUAAUGUUACUUCCUACGUGUGUGUGCGCAGAUCUGGCUGCUAGUAUGAGAAGCAGGUGAGAGAGAGGUCUGGCUGUGCAAGACUUCAUUCCCUGGCUCUCCUAUCCCUGUUCUGCUAAAAUUCACACAUGAGGGCUUCUGUUCUUUUUUUGUUUGGUUGGUUUUUAUGGGGCAAAAGAUACACUGGGCAGAAAUGAACUGAACAACUGCUCCACUUAUGAGUGAAUGAUGUUUCAUUCUGAUGGAACUGCACCUCCCAAGCUCUUGCGUGAAAACAACAGAGGUGAUUCCUGUCGCUGAUGAAGAUAAAGGAUUUUUCCUACUGCUUUAAGGGCUGGAGGCAGAACAGGCAUGACAGAGCAACAAUAAACAGCUUUAGCCUGGACCCCUACCCACGAGAAGUUGAUGGUGCUAUGAGAUAGAGGGGAAGAGACCCUUUCCAACUUGAUCUCCAGCUGUUCAUUGACACUACUUGUUCCUAAAGGUAGUAUUGGCCUCAGCAGUCCAGCUCUUUUGGUCUAUUUUGUUUACAUUGAAAUUGAGCCAAAAGCUUGAGGCACUUUAGGGUAGGUCACUACAAUUAAAUGACUUAGCUUGGAGAUUACUUGCCUCAGCCCUAAUAGCCAGCACAGCCCAACUGUUUAUCUGAUAAAUGAUCAGUAAAUGUUUCUUCAAUUGCCAACUACCAGCUCGCUCACACCUGCAGGGAAAGCCAUGUAGCUGUUGUGACUGAGCUCCCUCUCCUCAUAACCAUCAGCUGAACAUGCCUCUGAGCCUGCUCAUGAGACCUGGUUCAUGCACCAUCUGCCUCACACCGUGUUUCAGAGCUUUCUUCAGGUGUAGCAUGUUAGACCUGCCGAGCAUGCUGCUGCACCCCUAGACCGUCAUGGCAGAGGGGCUUGAACACUACAGCCUGGGCAGCAGCUGAGGACUCCUGGUUAGCUUUUCCUCUGUUCAGUGUAGACUAUUAAAGAGCAUACUGUAGAUGGUAGCCUAUUUCUGGGGUUCUUACCUCAGAUGAGUUGAGCUCAUCUGUUGAGGAUGAAUGAAUAAGAAAUAUUUUAGAUGGGCAGGUUGAAACUGCUGGUGAUAAUAUUUUUAAGUAAGGUGAGAAAGGGAUAUGAAAGGGUGACAAUAAGUAUGCUUUAAGAGGAGUUUUCUGUUAUGUGAUGCUUGGGAUAAAAUUUUUGGCAAUUUGAGACCAAUAAAAAUAAAUAAAAUUUCUAGUGCUUUCCUCCAUCCUAGCUUACAGGGCUGACCAGGCCAUAAUUCCACAGGGAUGUUUUAUUGCCACAGAGGUGUGCAGCUGCUAGGUCAUCCCUUCUGUAGAACUUAACUUUGCUCUGCUUAAAUUUGUUUAAAAACAGGUCUAACUGAACUAGCAGAGUCACUGAACACUUAACAGGUGCCACAGUGUGGUUUACACCAACUUAGCUCAGUCUUUUAACAGCUUUUGUGAAGCAGUACAGCUCUCCAGUCUGCCCAGGACCUUACCAAGAGGGCUCACGCAUUAGGAGGGCGAUUUGGGUCAGAGCAGCAAGGCAGGUAUGCUGCCCACAGCAGAGGCAUUACUUCCCUAAGAGAUUUCUGAACUGUUGACACAGUUCUUUUUUAUGACAGCUCCUGUCCUACUUUUCAGUGAAUUCUGGAGAGCUCAUGCUUGCAGUUCUGUCUGCCCAGGAGCUGCUGUCAAAAUUUUUUUCAGCUUUCCUUUCCCUGGACUUAUGUUCGUAACUAGUUUCACGGCAACAAGGAGGGAGGCUUAGUGCAAUUGUUUAUUCCUCUUAACAAAGUUGCCUUCCUGUGCCAACUACUCUCUCCAUCAUUCAGUUGUCCUGUGGUCUGAAGGGUAGCAUCCACUUCCUGCUUUCCUGGAAGGAUGAUUAAUCCAGUUAGCCUGCAGGGACUGGGGGAGUAUGCCAACCCUCUGGUUCUAGCUUUGGGGGUUCCUUCUACCCAGGGACUGCAGCUAAGCAGACCCUGUAACAGGGCUCUGGAGGAAGCAGGCUUACACAGAAAGCUAUGCCUGCUGUUUCUCAAGAUGUCUUUCCCAAAAUAAGGCUGGCAUUUAAGUUGAGGCAUUGCCAGGUGAGUGCCCAUGAGUUGGCGUUGUUGCAUCAGCACUGAGCCUUGCCAAGACUGAAAACCACAGUCAGGAUUUUAUACUCAGCAUUCAGGAAUGUGAAGUGGAUGACACUGAAGAAAGAAUUUCUGAGCUGUUUUUCUUGGCUGCUGUCACAGGCAUGGAUAGUCUGUGGUUCUUGGGAAGAUACCCGGGUAGGAGGUAGCAUGGGGCUUGUGGGAGGGAGGGGUUCGAUAGAUUUCUAUUGCAUCAGCCCUGGGGCUGGGGAUUGAGAGCCUUGGGAGGAAAUGGAGCAUCACUCCACCACAUUUGUCACUUUUGGAAAUGCAGAGAGAAUUGUAUUUUCUAGCUCUAUUUUUUCAGCUGCUCUUAUGCAUUUUCCCCCUUCAUCUGUAUUGGUCUGCUCUGCACGGAGACAAUAGAGAUGAAAUAAAUGGUUUUCCAUGU